CCUCUCUCCCUACCCCUGCUCCCCUGCAGCACCCAGACAUUAGCCCUCUUCCACUUUCCAGAAUGUCACCUCACCAUUUGUGCCCCCACCCCCAUAUCUGCACCUGCCUUUUGCUCUUUCUCCAUCCCUAAACCUCCUAACUUUCGGGCUUCCCUUCCCUGUCUCCCUUGAACCCCACCUUCUUUCCCAAGUCUCCUAUGUCCUGGUCUUCAGCCAAGCCCUUGUCCAGCCAGUGCCCAAGCCUCAUCCGUCAUUUCUCCAGGAAUUUGCUGAGACUCCCUCCUUCUCACUGUCGCAGCCCAGAUCGACGGUCGGGUGGCGGCUCAGUGAGCCUCUGCUGCAGGGAACAAGCAAAGGGACAUCCAGGAGCCCAGGGCUGCCAAGGGGCGCCCACCCACCCUGCCCCGAGAACCCCCUUCCCAAGGUCGAGGACAGAGCAGGUGCAGAGACACCGCAGCCGCUUGUUACUCAGCCUCCUGAAUGAUGCCAGCCCAAGGUUCCCUAACCUCCAGCCUGGCCCUCCUGGUGCUGCUGGGCACAGUCAGAGCAGGGCCUUUCUCUUCACGGUCCAAUGUGACACUCCCAGCCCCACGGCCUCCUCCCCAGCCAGGAGGCCGCACAGAACAGCCAGGAGUGGGAGGCCCUUCUUCUCAGCUUUAUGAGCACACCGUGGAAGGAGGGGAGAAGCAGGUGGUGUUCACCCACCGCAUUAACCUGCCCAAUUCAGGUAGCUGUGGCUGUCCCCCAGGCACUGAGCCCCCCGUCCCUGCUUCAGAGGUGCAGGCCCUGAGGGUCCGGCUGGAGAUCCUGGAGGAGCUGGUGAAGGGGCUCAAGGAACAGUGCACUGGGGGAUGUUGUCCUGCUGCUGCCCAGGCUGGCACAGGCCAGACGGACGUGCGGAGCCUCUGCAGUCUCCAUGGCGUGUUUGACCUGAGCCGCUGUGCCUGCUCCUGCGAGCCAGGCUGGGGUGGGCCCACCUGCUCAGACCCCACAGAUGCCGCGGCGCCCCCCUCCUCUCCCCCCUCAGCUUCCCGGUCCUGCCCAGAUGACUGCAAUGAUCAGGGUCGCUGCGUCCGUGGUCGCUGCGUGUGCUUCCCUGGCUACACCGGCCCCAGCUGUAGCUGGCCCUCCUGCCCGGGGGACUGCCACGGCCGCGGGCGCUGCGUGCAGGGCGUGUGCGUGUGCCGCGCGGGCUUCUCCGGGGCCGACUGCAGCCUGCGCUCCUGCCCUCGGGGCUGCAGCCAGAGGGGACGCUGCGAGAACGGGCGCUGCGUGUGCAACCCGGGCUACACUGGCGAGGACUGUGGGGUGAGGAGCUGCCCCCGAGGUUGCAGCCAGAAGGGGCGCUGCGAGGACGGGCGCUGCGUCUGUGACCCUGGCUACGCUGGCGAGGACUGCGGCUCUCGGAGCUGCCCGUGGGACUGUGGUGAGGGCGGGCGCUGUGUGGACGGCCGCUGCGUGUGCUGGCCCGGGUACGCGGGCGAGGACUGCAGCACGCGGACCUGCCCCCGCGACUGUCGGGGCCGAGGGCGCUGCGAGGAGGGCGAAUGCAUCUGCGACCCAGGCUACAGCGGGGACGAUUGCGGAGUGCGCAGCUGCCCGGGCGACUGCAACCAAAGGGGCCGCUGCGAGGACGGCCGCUGCGUGUGCUGGCCUGGGUACUCGGGGCCCGACUGCGGCGCCCGCGCUUGCCCGCGCGACUGUCGGGGCCACGGGCGCUGCGAGAACGGCGUGUGCGUGUGCAACGCGGGCUACAGCGGCGAGGACUGCGGCGUGCGCAGCUGUCCCGGGGACUGUCGCGGCCGGGGUCGUUGCGAGAGCGGCCGCUGCGUGUGUUGGCCCGGGUACACAGGCCGGGACUGUGGCACGCGCGCCUGCCCCGGCGACUGUCGCGGGCGCUGCGUGGACGGCCGCUGCGUGUGUAACCCGGGCUUCACAGGCGAGGACUGCGGGAGCCGACGGUGUCCCGGGGACUGCCGUGGUCGCGGCCGCUGCGAGGAUGGCGUGUGCUUGUGCGACGUGGGCUACGAGGGCGAAGACUGCGGCGUGCGCAGCUGCCCCAGGGGUUGCCAAGGUCGCGGCCAGUGUCUGGAGGGGCGAUGCGUGUGCGACGACGGCUACGAGGGUGAAGACUGUGGCGUGAGACGGUGCACGCGCGACUGCAGCCAGCGCGGCGUGUGCCAGGAUGGUGUGUGCGCCUGUUGGGAGGGCUACACGGGCGAGGACUGCAGCCUCCGUACCUGCCCCUCCAACUGUCACCGGCGCGGCCGCUGUGAGGACGGGCGCUGCGUGUGCGACUCUGGCUACACCGGCCCCUACUGCGCCACCCGAACCUGCCCGGCGGACUGCCGGGGCCGUGGACGUUGUGUGCAGGGCGUGUGCGUGUGCCACGCGGGCUAUAGCGGCGAGGACUGCGGGCAGGAAGGGCCUCCCGCCAGCGCCUGCCUUGGGGGCUGCGGGCCUCGGGAACUGUGCCGCGCAGGCCAGUGUGUAUGCGUCGAGGGCUUCCGAGGCCCCGACUGCGCCAUCCAGACGUGCCCCGGGGACUGCCACGGUCGGGGAGAGUGUCGUGAGGGCAGCUGCGUCUGCCAAGAUGGCUAUGCAGGGGAGGACUGCGGGGAAGAGGUGCCAGCCGUUGAGGGCCUGAGGAUGCACCUCCUGGAGGAGACGAUGGUUCGGACAGAGUGGACCCAGGCUCCUGGCAAUGUGGAUGCCUACGAAAUUCAGUUCAUCCCCACGACAGAGGGGCCGAGCCCCCCAUUCACAGCACGGGUGCCCAGCUCUGCCUCAGCCUAUGACCAGAGAGGACUGGCCCCCGGUCAGGAGUACGAGGUCACUGUCCGUGCCCUUCGAGGGACUAGCUGGGGCCCUCCUGCCUCCAAGACCAUCACCACCAUGAUCGAUGGCCCCCAGGACCUCCGAGUGGUGGCUGUGACGCCAACCACGCUGGAGCUCAACUGGCUGCGCCCCCAGGCCGAGGUGGACCAGUUCGUGGUGUCCUACGUCAGUGCCGGCAACCAGAGGGUGCGGCUAGAAGUGCCCUCUGAGGCAGACGGGACGCUGCUGACCGGCCUCAUGCCAGGCGUAGAAUACGUGGUGACCGUCACUGCCGAGCGGGGCCGGGCAGUAAGCUACCCGGCUUCUGUCAGGGCCAACACAGCACCAGGCCACUACAGUCACCCGGAGGCGCACGCCCCAGCCCCGUCCCCCAGGCCCCGGCCCCGGCCGGUCCCGGCCCCGCGGCCCCCGCGCCCACCAGUCCCCCCUCGGCCCUCGCGGCCGGCGGAGGAGGGGGAGGCGGAGUCUCGGCCCGGGCCGAACCUACCCCAGCCCCCUCGGCGGGCGUGGGGCAACCUGACGGACGAACUGGGCCGCUUCCGCGGCACCGCGCAGGACCUGGAGCGCCACCUGCGGGCUCACGGCUACCCACUGCGGGCCAACCAGACCUACACGUCGGUGGCGCGCCACAUCCACGAAUACCUGCAGCGGCGUCGCCUGGCGGCGGCCAUCCCCACCAGCUCCCCCGCACCCCCGGCCCGUCGCUCCCACCCCACCUCCAGCCCCGACUCGGGCACCUGGAAGCGGGACUCCAACCAGGGCACCUACGGCCUCUCGCCCGAAGGCGUCGACCGGGUGGCUGCUCCCCGCCACCCCAAGCCCGAGGUGCUGGGCAGUUCCGCCGACGGCGCACUACUCGUGUCCCUCGACGGGCUCCGCGGCUACUUCGAGCGCGUGGUGCUGCGCUGGCGGCCCCAGCCGCCCGCAGAGGGCCCCGGCGGGGAGCUGACCGUGCCGGGCACCACGCGCACCGUCAGUCUGCCAGAUCUCAAGCCCGGUACCACCUACCACGUGGAGGUCCACGGGGUGCGGGCAGGGCAGACCUCCAAGUCCUACGCCUUCAUCACAACCACAGGGUCCUCCCCCUCAGACCUCCUGGGGGCCACUGAUGAGCCUCCUCCCUCAGGCCCUUCAACGACUCAAGGGGCUCAGGCCCCUGUCCUGCAGCAGCGACCCCAGGAGCUGGCAGAGUUGAGGGUGCUGGGCAGAGACAAGACAGGGCACCUCCGCGUGGCCUGGACUGCCCAGCCUGACACCUUUGCCCACUUCCAGCUGCGCCUACGGGUGCCCGAAGGGCCUGGGGCACAUGAGGAACUACUGCCAGGGGAUGCCCGUCAGGCUCUGCUGCCCUCACCCCCUCCUGGAUCCCCCUAUGAGCUGUCACUUCGUGGGGUGCCCUCCGGGGGCGAGCCCUCUGCUCCUCUCAUCUACCAAGGCAUUAUGGACAGGGAUGGGGAGAAGCCUGGGCAGCCCUUGGCCCCGCCACACCUGGGCAAGCUGAUGGUGACGGACAUGACUUCCAACUCCCUGCUUCUGCACUGGACGGUCCCUGAGGGCGAGUUUGACUCCUUCGUGAUCCAAUACAAAGACAGGGACAGGCCCCAGGUGGUGCCUGUAGAGGGACCCCAGCGCUCAGCCCUCAUCUCCAACCUGGACAUCGGCCGCAAGUACAAAUUUGUCCUGUACGGGCUCGUGGGCAAGAAGAGGCAUGGCCCCCUGGUGGCUGAAGCCAAGAUCUUGCCUCAGACGGAUUCCAGCUCAGUGACUCCACCUCGCCUGGGAAAGCUGUGGGUGACAGAUCCCACCCCAGAUUCGCUGCACCUCUCCUGGACUGUCCCUGAGGGCCAGUUUGACUCCUUCGUGGUCCAGUACAGGGACAGGGACGGACGGCCCCAGGUGGUGCCCGUGGAAGCCCCCGAGCGCUCGGUCAUUGUCUCCCCGCUGGACCCUGACCACAAGUACAGAUUCACUCUGUUUGGGAUUGUCAACAAGAAGCGGCACGGCCCCCUCACGGCCGAUGGUACCACUGCCCCAGAGAAGAGAGAGGAGCCCCGCCACCCAGAGUCCCCUGAGCAGCCCCUGCUGGGGGAGCUGACAGUGACCGGCAGCGCCCCAGACUCCCUGCGCCUGUCCUGGACGGUGGCCCAGGGUGCUUUUGACUCCUUCAUGGUCCAGUACAAGGAUGCGCAGGGGCGGGCCCAGGCAGUGCCCAUCAGGGGGCAUGAGAAUGAGGUCACCGUCCCCGGCCUGGAGUCUGACCGGAAGUAUAAGAUGAACCUCUACGGGCUUCAUGGCAGGCAGCGCGUGGGGCCUGUGUCCGUGGUGGCCACCACAGCCCCGCAGGAAGGCAUGGACGAGACCCCCAGCCCCACAGAGCCCAGCACAGAGGCACCAGAGCCCCCCGAGGAGCCCCUCCUGGGGGAGCUGACGGUGAUAGGAUCCUCCCUGGACUCGUUGAGCCUCUCCUGGACCGUCCCCCAGGGCCACUUCGACUCUUUCACCGUCCAGUACAGAGACAGGGACGGGCAGCCCAAGGUGAUGAGGGUGCCUGGGCACCAGGACGGGGUCACCAUCUCGGGCCUGGAGCCAGACCACAAGUACAAGAUGAACCUGUACGGCUUCCAUGACAGCCAGCGCGUGGGCCCCGUCUCUGUCAUCGGGGUGACAAGUGAGUGGACGGUGGAAGAAGACACCCCCAGCUCCACAGAACCCAGCACAGAGGCCUCGGAGGCCCCCGAGGAGCCCCUCCUUGGGGAGCUGACGGUGACAGGAUCCUCCCCGGACUCGCUGAGCCUCUCCUGGACCGUCCCCCAGGGCCACUUCGACUCCUUCACCAUCCAGUACAAGGGCAGGGACGGGCCCCAGGUGGUGCGUGUCGGGGGCGAGGAGAGAGAGGUGACCGCUGGGGGCCUGGAGCCCGGGCGCAAGUACAAGAUGCACCUGUACGGCCUGCACGGGGGGCGGCGUGUGGGCCCCGUGUCCACCGUGGGCGUGACCGCUCCACAACCAGAAGAGACUCCCGCAGCCACCGAGCCCCCCCGGGAGCCACGUCUCGGGGAGCUGACAGUGACAGAUGUGACCCCCAGCUCCGUGGGCCUUGCAUGGACAGUCCCUGAGGGCCAGUGUGACUCCUUCGUGGUCCAGUACAAGGACAGGGACGGGCAGCCCCAGGCGGUGCCUGUGGCCGCAGACCAGCGAGAGGCCACUGUCCCCGGCCUGGAGCCUGCACGCAAAUACAAGAUGAACUUGUACGGGCUACAUGGUGGGCAGCGCGUGGGCCCCCUCUCUGUGGUAGCCAUGACUGCUCCGCUCUCUCCAGCCCCGGGCACAGAGCGCCCCCUUGAGCCACGUCUGCGGGAGCUGACAGUGACGGACGUGACCCCGGACUCCGUGGGCCUCUCCUGGACAGUCCCUGAGGGUGAAUUCGACUCCUUCGUGGUCCAGUACAAGGACAGGGACAGGCAGCCCCAGGCGGUGCCUGUGGCUGCAGACCAGCGUGAGGUCACCAUCGCCGGCCUGGAGCCCGACAGGAAGUACAAGUUCCUGCUCUUUGGGAUCCAGGACGGGAAACGCCACAGCCCAGUCUCUGUGGAGGCAAAGACAGUUGCUCGAGGUGACACCAGCCCAGGAGCCCCACCCCGCCUCGGGGAGCUGUGGGUGACAGACCCCACCCCAGACUCACUGCGCCUCUCCUGGACAGUCCCCGAGGGCCACUUUGACUCCUUUGUGGUCCAGUUCAAGGACAGGGACGGGCCCCGGGUGGUGCCUGCAGAGGGCCACGAGCGCUCAGUCACCAUCGGCCCUCUGGACGCCAGCCGCAAGUACAGAUUCCUCCUCUACGGCCUCCUGGGCAAGAGGCGCCGUGGCCCCCUCACCGCCGAGGGCACCACAGAGACCCGGAGAGCUGUGGACGAGGCUGGAACAAAACCACGUCUGGGGGAGGAGCUGCACGUGACCAGCGUGACAUCAGACUCCGUGGGCCUCUCGUGGACGGUCCCUGAGGGCCAGUUUGACUCCUUUGUGGUCCAGUAUAAGGACAGAGAUGGGCAACCCCAGGUGGUGCCCGUGGAGGGCAGCCUCAGGGAGGUCAGUGUCUCAGGCCUGGGCCCCGCCCGCAGGUACAAGCUGCUGCUCUACGGGCUAUUCAAGGGCAAGCGUGUGGGUCCCAUCUCCACCGUCGCCGUGACCGCCCCCAGGGAAGAAGUCGAAGCUGAGACUGAGGCCCCCAGCCCUCCAGCAUCUGAGCCCCGUCUGGGGGAGGUGACUGUGGAGGAGGGCACCCCACACACCCUGCAUCUCUCCUGGACCGUGAUUGAGGGAGAAUUUGACUCCUUUGAGGUCCAGUACACAGACGAGGAGGGGAAACUCCAAGUAGUCCAUUUAGGGGGCAACCAGAAUGACAUCACCCUCUCUGGCCUGGAAUCCGACCACAGAUACCUGGUGAGCCUGUACGGUCUCCACGAUGGGCAGCGUGUGGGUCCUGUGCACGUCGAGGCCCUGACAGCCCCAAAUGAGGAAGAGAAUGAACCUUCAGAAUCUCCCUCUACCACCCCUGAGCCUCACGUCACGCCUCGCCUGGGGGAGCUGGCAGUGACAGACGCCACCCCCGAAUCCCUGAGCCUCUCCUGGACCAUUCCCGAGGGCCAGUUUGACCACUUCCUGAUCCAGUACAAGAACGGGGACGGACAGCCCAAGGCUGUGAGGGUGCCAGGGCACCAGGACGGGGUCACCAUCUCGGGCCUGGAGCCAGACCACAAGUACAAGAUGAACCUGUACGGCUUCCAUGACAGCCAGCGCAUGGGCCCUGUCUCUGUCAUCGGGGUGACAACUGCAGAGGAAGACACCCCCAGCCCCACAGAACCCAGCACAGAGGCCUCGGAGGCCCCCGAGGAGCCCCUCCUGGGGGAGCUGACGGUGACAGGAUCCUCCCCGGACUCGCUGAGCCUCUCCUGGACCGUCCCCCAGGGCCACUUCGACUCCUUCACCAUCCAGUACAAGGGCCGGGACGGGCCCCAGGUGGUGCGUGUCGGGGGCGAGGAGAGUGAGGUGACCGCUGGGGGCCUGGAGCCCGGGCGCAAGUACAAGAUGCACCUGUACGGCCUGCACGGGGGGCGACGUGUGGGCCCCGUGUCCACCGUGGGCAUGACCGCCCUCCAGGAGGUUGUGGAGGAGACCCCCAGCCCCACAGAACCCAGCACAGAGGCCCCGGAGCCCCCCAAAGAACCUCUCCUGGGGGAACUGACAGUGACAGGAUCCUCCCCGGACUCGCUGAGCCUCUCCUGGACCGUCCCCCAGGGCCGCUUCAACUCCUUCACCGUCCAGUACAAGGAUAAGGAUGGGCGGCCCCAGGUGGUGCGUGUCGGUGGCGAAGAGAGUGAGGUGACCAUUGAGGGCCUGGAGCCCGGGAGCAGGUACAAGAUGCACCUGUAUGGCCUGCACGGGGGGCGGCGUGUGGGCCCCGUGUCCACCGUGGGCAUGACUGAUCCAGACAACAAAGCCAUGACCACACAAGCCCCGUCCACUGCGCCCCCCGAGCCUCCCGUCAAGCCACACCUGGGGGAGCUGGCAGUGACAGGCGCCACCCCCGAAUCCCUGAGCCUCUCCUGGACCAUCCCCGAGGGCCAGUUUGACCACUUCCUGAUCCAGUACAAGAAUGGGGACGGGCAGCCCAAGGUAGUGAGGGUGCCAGGUCACCAGGACGGGGUCACCAUCUCGGGCCUGGAGCCAGACCACAAGUACAAGAUGAACCUGUACGGCUUCCAUGACAGCCAGCGCAUGGGCCCCGUCUCUGUCAUCGGGGUGACAACUGCAGAGGAAGACACCCCCAGCCCCACAGAACCCAGCACAGAGGCCUCGGAGGCCCCCGAGGAGCCCCUCCUGGGGGAGCUGACGGUGACAGGAUCCUCCCCGGACUCGCUGAGCCUCUCCUGGACCGUCCCCCAGGGCCACUUCGACUCCUUCACCAUCCAGUACAAGGGCCGGGACGGGCCCCAGGUGGUGCGUGUCGGGGGCGAGGAGAGUGAGGUGACCGCUGGGGGCCUGGAGCCCGGGCGCAAGUACAAGAUGCACCUGUACGGCCUGCACGGGGGGCGGCGUGUGGGCCCCGUGUCCACCGUGGGCGUGACCGCCUCCCUGAACACAGAGCCCCCCGUGGCACCCCGCCUGGGGGAGCUGGCUGUGGCAGCCGUGACCUCAGACACAGUGCACCUGUCCUGGACAGUGGACCAGGGCUCCUUCGACUCCUUCCUGGUCCGAUACAAGGAUGUGCAGGGGCAGCCCCAGGCAGUGCCCGUGGGUGGACACCUCCGAGAGGUCUCGGUUUCGGGUCUGGCCCCGGGCCACAAGUACAAGUUCCUACUCUUCGGACUCCAGGAUGAGAAACAACACGGUCCAGUCUCUGCAGACGCAAAGACCCUCCCAGACAUUAAACCUUCUCUCCGCCUGGGGGAGCUGACAGUGACGGACGUGACCCCAGACUCCAUGGGCCUCUCCUGGACGGUCCCCGAGGGCGAAUUUGACUCCUUCGUGCUUCAGUACAAGGACAGGGACGGGCAGCCCCACGUGGUGCCUGUGGCCUCAGCCCAGCGCGAGAUCACCAUCCCCGGCCUGGAGCCCAAUAGCAAAUACAAGUUUCUGCUCUAUGGGCUGGGAGGCAGGAAACGACUGGGCCCCAUCUCUGCUGAAGGCAGCACGGCUCCCCUGAAGAAGGAGCGGCAGCGCCCACCCCGCCUGGGGGAGCUGACAGUGACAGAUGAGACCUCGGAUUCUCUGCGCCUCUUGUGGACAGUGGCCCAGGGCCCCUUUGACUCCUUUGUGGUCCAGUACAGGGACACAGACGGGCAGCCCUCGGUGGUGCCUGUGGCCGCAGACCAGAGGGAGGUCACCAUAGAGGGCCUGGAGCCUGGCAGGAAAUACAAGUUUCUGCUCUAUGGGCUCCUCAGAGGACAGCACCUGGGCCCCGUCUCUGUCCUGGGAAUGACAGCCCCAGAAGAGGACAUGCCAGCACCCUCGCACCUGGCCACGGAGGCCCCCGAGCCCUCUGAAGGGCCCCGCCUAGGGGCACUGGCAGUGAAGGACGUGUCCCCGGACUCCCUGCACCUCUCAUGGAGCGUGGCCCAGGGCCCCUUUGACUCCUUCGUGGUCCAGUAUCAGAGCACAGGUGGGGAGCCCCAGGCCUUGCUCAUGGGUGGCGACCAGAACAAGGUCCUCGUGUCAGGCCUGGAGCCCAGCACCUCCUACAAGUUCUUCCUCUACGGCUUGCGUGAAGGGAAGCGCCUGGGGCCCGUCUCGGCCGAGGGCACCACAGGGCCAGCUCCUGCUGGGCAGACCCCCGGAGAGCCAGGGCCCCGCCUGUCCCACCUGUCGGUGACUGAUGUCACCACCAAUUCACUGCGGCUCAGCUGGGAGGCCCCACCCAAGGCCUUUGACUCCUUCCUGCUCCGCUUUGGGGUCCCGUCACUGAGCACCCUGGAGCUGCAUCCACGUCCCCCGCUGCAGCGGGAGCUGACGGUGCCAGGGACACGGCGCUCGGCCAUGCUCUGGGACCUGAGUCCAGGGACCCUGUACACCCUUACGCUGUAUGGGCUGCGCGGGCCUCACAAGGCCGACGGCAUCCAGGGCACAGCCCGGACCCUCAGCCCAGCUCUGGAGCGCCCCCGUGACCUCCAGUUCAGCGAGAUCGGGGAGACGUCAGCCAAGGUCAGCUGGAUGCCCCCGCCGUCCAGAGUGGACAGCUUCAAAGUCUCCUACCAGCUGGCAGAUGGAGGGGAGCCACAGAGUGUCCAGGUGGAUGGCCGAGCCCGGACCCAGAAACUCGAGGGGCUCGUCCCAGGCGCUCGCUACGACGUGACCGUGGUCUCCGUCCGUGGCUUUGAGGAGAGUGAGCCUCUCACAGGCUUCCUUACCACAGUUCCUGACGGCCCCACCCAGCUGCGUGCACUGAACUUGACGGAAGGAUCCGCCCUGCUGCUCUGGCAGCCGCCCCAGGCCCCGGUGGAUACCUAUGACAUCAAGGUCACAGCCCCAGGAGCCCCCUCGCUACAGGACUCAGCCCCUGGCAACGCCGUGGACUACCCCCUGCAAGGCCUUGUGCUCCACACCAACUACACGGCGACCCUGCAUGGCCUUCGGGGCCCCAACCUCACCUCCCCAGCCAGCAUCACCUUCACCACAGGGUUGGAGGCCCCCCAGGACUUGGAGGCCAAGGAGGUGACCCCCCGCACAGCCCUGCUCACUUGGACCGCACCCCAAGUCCCCCCAACUGGCUACCUGCUCAGCUUCAACACCCCUGGUGGACAGACCCAGGAGAUCCUGCUCCCAGGAGGGGUCACCUCUCAUCAGCUUCACGGCCUCUUUCCCUCCACCCUCUAUAGCGCGUGGCUCCGGGCCAUGUGGGACCGCAGCUUCACUCCCCCCGUGUCCACUUCCUUCACCACUGGUGGACUUCGGAUCCCCUUCCCCCGGGACUGUGGGGAGGAGAUGCAGAACGGGGUCAGCACCUCAAGGACCACCACCAUCUUCCUCAACGGCAACCGCGAGCGGCCCCUGAACGUCUUUUGUGACAUGGAGACCGAUGGGGGUGGCUGGCUGGUGUUCCAGCGCCGCAUGGAUGGAAAAACUGACUUCUGGAGAGACUGGGAGGACUAUGCCCGUGGCUUUGGGAACAUCUCCGAGGAGUUCUGGCUGGGCAAUGACGCCCUGCACAGCCUGACCAAAGCCGGCGACUACUCCUUGCGUGUGGACCUGCGGGAUGGGGACGAGGCCGUGUUUGCCCAGUACGACUCCUUCCAAGUAGACUCGGCCGAUGAGUACUACCGCCUCCACCUGGAAGGCUACCAUGGCACUGCAGGGGACUCCAUGAGCUACCACAGCGGCAGUGUCUUCUCUGCCCGUGACCGAGACCCCAACAACUUGCUCAUCUCCUGUGCCGUCUCUUACCGAGGGGCCUGGUGGUAUAAGAACUGCCACUAUGCCAACCUCAACGGGCUCUACGGGAGCACAGUGGACCACCAGGGAGUGAGCUGGUACUACUGGAAGGGCUUUGACUUCUCCGUGCCCUUCACGGAAAUGAAGCUGAGACCAAGAAGCUACCGGCCCCCGGGCAGGGGAGGCUGAGCCGCUGCUCACCCCUCCAGCGCCCUACUAUGACUGCCGAGCACUGAGGGGUUGCGCUCAGAGAAGAGCCGAGGGCCACCUUCACCAUCCAAACACCGGAGGAAGCCUUCUCCACCCGCGAUCUCACAGCACCAUGUUUACAGGGGGGAGGGAAGGGGUUUGUACGGGAGCAAUAAAAGGAGAAACCGAG